CAAACGUGUUCAAAUGCUUGGUCCUCCUGGUUCUGGUAAAACAUGUUCUCAAUGCCUCUUACUAAAUAAAGACCCACCUCCCCAAAAUAACAGCACACCAAUAGCUUGCCGUGCUGUCAAAGCUACAAGAAUCUCAAUUGAAAAUGGUCUUAUGAUUGAAGUUGAUGCUAAAGCUCUUCGUUCAAGGUUGGCAGUUGACUUAAAGGAAGCUACAACAAAACAAAAGGAAACACCCACUGAAGACCGUGACACAAAAUCAAAGGAAGAGUCUUCAGCUACUGAUAGUCCCGAGACUAAAGUAACAGAAUCAACUGAAUCAACAGAUGCAGCAAGUGAUUAUCAUUCAUACAUAUCUAAAUUUUAUAGAGAUAUUGUUGAGGCAAUUCCAAGAGCAAAAGCUAAAUUAGAUCGUCAUCUGGUAUACAUUGUUGAUUCUGGUGGCCAGACAGCAUUUCAAGAGUUAUUGCCAUUGUUUACUAGAGCAGCUUCUCUCAAUAUUAUCACACUAGACCUUUCUAAAGGUAUGCAUGAGAAGCUUGAUUUACAAUAUCGAAUUGACGGAACAUCAUUUUCUUGUGAUUCAAAUUUUUCGUAUACAAAUAAUGAAUUUUUGAAUAACGUUCUGUCCUCUGGAGCUAUGUUACAGCUUUACCACUCACCACAAUCAAAAGAAGAUGCUGCAACUCAUCAGUGCCCAGAAUAUUUUGUUCUAGGUACACACAGUGAUGAUGUUAAAGUCACACCACAAAAGAUUGCUGAAUUCAAUGAAGCACUAUCAACGUUAACAUCUGGCACUGAAGAAAAAGGCUAUCGCAUUAUUUCUGCAGAACAAAAUGGUGAUAUAAUAUACCCAGUCAAUACAAUUCUUGAAUCUGGCCCUAAAAGACAGGAAGAAUCCAAGAAUCUUUGUGAUACAAUAUUUGAUUUUGAUGAUGAUACAUCAGACAAUAAUGAUACAAUUCAGUUGCCAGUUCGAUGGUUUGCUUUUGAGCUGGCUUUGCUAGAGGAAGCAGGAAAUAACAGUGUCCUUUAUAUGAAUGAUGUAUUAUCUAUUGGUAGGAGCCUUAAAUUGAAUGAAAAUGAUACAAAAGCGGCUCUGCAUCAUCUUCACAAUGUUACCAUUAUUCUUUAUUAUCCUCAAGUUUUACCUAACAUAGUCUUCAUUGAUCCUCAUCCUAUUCUUGAUAUUCUCUCACAUCUUUUAGCUCUUACUUAUAAAAUUAAACGAAAGUUUUUGAGACACCUUACAAGGGAGACACCCUCAGAGUCUGAACUGGUUGCUCUCAGUAAGAAAGGUAUUUUCACCAAAUCACUGCUGGAUAAGUUAAAUGACGACCAGGGAUUUUCUAAGUCUGAUUUUAUCAAGCUUUUGCUUCAUCUAUGCAUUAUCGUUGAGACACAAGAUGGUUAUUUCAUUCCUUCUGCAUUGCCUCCGUUUGGAUCUACUGGUUCUCUUCCAGAAUCAGAUACUGGUAUUAUCAGUUCUGCUUUUGGAUCUACUGGUCUGUCUCCAGACUCAAACAUUAUUGAAUCGUUACUAAUAGUCUGGCACAAUCCUGUCACUAAAGAAAUUUUACCUGUUCCCCGUGGAAUUUUCCCUUUGGCAGUUGUCAAUUUAAUGAAAUUCAAGCAACCACAAUUUCAGUUUCCUCCAGAUUUGCAAGAAUAUCUAAGAUGUCGAGAUGCUGUAUCAUUUCGAGUUCAUGUUCACGAAUUCAUUGGCACCAUUCAUUUUAUUAAAAAACACAAACACAUUGAGAUUUAUUUUGAAACUGAUCAACUAAAAUACUGCCCACUUAUUUGCGAAGCAGUAACAGAAGCUAUUCACAGCAGUAGUGAGGCCAUUAACUUAAAACCUCUGUAUAAGUUUGCCUUUGCCUGCUGUUCUACAAAGAAAUGUGAAAAGAAAUGCUACUGUAUUGUCACAAAUGAAGCUGAAGAGAAAGUAGAAUGCACUUUAUGCCGAAAGCCAGCUAUUAUCAGUGGGCAAGAGAAGUACUGGAAUUGGUUCCAUAUUACUCAUGCUGAGAACUCAACUAAAGCUUCAAAGUCACUUGAUAUCACUGGCCUUCAAAAGGUACUGCAUUUACUCAGAGAAUGUCAUUUUAAUGGCGAUUGGGAGGGACUUGGUCUAGAGUUGGGUCUAUAUAAACAGCCAACACUCUCAAACAUACAGCACAGUUAUACCAGAGAAAGAGAAGCUGCUCUUAGAGAGUGUCUUUCUGCCUGGCUACAAAGAACUGAUGCUGUGAAUGAAUAUGGCGGAGCAACCUAUGUCUCUCUUGUUAAUGCUCUUAAAGGAUUAGGCCAAAAAACUGUAGCUGAUGAUAUAUGCAAAAAAUGUCGAAUUAAUUUGCCACAGGAAGAGAGCAGUAUUGUAAAUCAUAUUUUGGACAUUACUUGUUUAAGAGAAGUACGGUUAUUACUAAGUGAUCAUGAUCUCAAUGACUCAAAGUGGCGUGAUCUUGGUGGUCAAUUGUGUUUACUUCCUGAAACCUUGAAUGUUAUUGAACAUCAUUAUUUUGAUGACAGAUGGCGUCUUAGGGAGACACUUGUAAAAUGGUUGGAAGGAGCUGAUGGUGUUUCACCUUCAUGGGCUUCAUUAGUAAAAGCACUAGAAGAUAUUGCUGCAGAACUCAAAGAAAAGACUAGCUGAACAUGUGAGUUAACUACAUUACACU